AUUCACUAUACUAUUCACUAUUCCAUUCACUGUCCUAUUCACUAUUCAAUUCACUAUUCCAUUCACUAUUCCAUUCACUGUCCUAUUCACUAUUCCAUUCACUAUUCCAUUCACUAUUCCAUUCUCUGUCCUAUUCACUAUUCCAUUCACUGUCCUAUUCACUAUUCCAUUCACUGUUCUAUUCACUAUUCCAUGCACUAUUCCAUGCACUAUUCCAUUCACUGUCCUAUUCAAUAUUCCAUUCACUGUCCUAUUCACUAUUCCAUCCACUAUUCCAUUCACUAUUCCAUUCACUACUCCAUUCACUAUUCCAUUCACUAUACUAUUCACUAUUCCAUUCACUGUCCUAUUCACUAUUCCAUUCACUGUCCUAUUCACUAUUCCAUUCACUGUCCUAUUCACUAUUCCAUUCACUGUUCUAUUCACUAUUCCAUUCACUGUUCUAUUCACUAUUCCAUUCACUGUCCUAUUCACUAUUCCAUUCACUGUCCUAUUCACUAUUCCAUUCACUAUACUAUUCACUAUUCCAUUCACUGUCCUAUUCACUAUUCCAUUCACUGUCCUAUUCACUAUUCCAUUCACUGUCCUAUUCACUAUUCCAUUCACUGUCCUAUUCACUAUUCCAUUCACUGUCCUAUUCACUAUUCCAUUCACUGUCCUAUUCACUAUUCCAUUCACUGUCCUAUUCACUAUUCCAUUCACUAUACUAUUCACUAUUCCAUUCACUGUCCUAUUCACUAUUCCAUUCACCGUCCUAUUCACUAUUCCAUUCACUGUCCUAUUCACUAUUCCAUUCACUGUUCUAUUCACUAUUCCAUGCACUAUUCCAUGCACUAUUCCAUUCACUGUACUAUUCACUAUUCCAUUCACUGUCCUAUUCACUAUUCCAUUCACUAUUCCAUUCACUAUUCCAUUCACUGUCCUAUUCAAUAUUCCAUUCACUAUUCCAUUCACUGUCCUAUUCACUAUUCCAUUCACUAUCCUAUUCACUAUUCCAUUCACUUUCCUAUUCACUAUUCCAUUCACUUUCCUCCCCAGCUCCAUGGUCCCUCCUCCAAGCUCCCUGCUCCCUCCUCCAAGCUCCCAGCUCCCUCCUCCCCAGGUCCCCCCCGGCCCCCUGCUCCCUCCUCCCAGGCCCCUGCUCCCUCCUCCCCAGGUCCUCCCCAGGUCCAGCCCCCUCCUCCCAGCCCCAUGCUCCCUCCUCCCAGCCCCCUGCUCCCAGCCCCCUGCUCCCUCCUCCCAGCCCCCUGCUCCCUCACAGGCCCGGGGGGUUUGGAUCACACCUUCCUUCCUUCCUGCACCAGAACUCAGCUGUCAGAUGGGUCAGAGUGGGCCGGCUGCACAUGA